CGGAACAAGGAACCGGCGGGAGAGGUUCUAAAGUUGGGUACGACGCUAGCCAGCGGCUCGAGCAGAUGCGGGACCCAGAGGCGGGAGUGAGCAAUGGGCAGGCCAGGCAGCAGUGGCAGGAACAGAGCAGAGAAUGGUCGAGUGAGGGAGGGACGGGGAGAAAAGGAGGGAACGUGGAUUUGCACCGGGACAUGCGAAUUCGUGGAUCGGUGGCAAUUGCUCACGACCGGCUCGGUUGAGUUCGCUUGCACUGACCAGCUCGCCCGCAGCAUCCUCUACCCUCUCCUCCGUUGCGACCAGCGAGCGCUUCACGCACUCGUCUCGAGCUCGUCUACGAGGUGAUAGACUAGUGCGCACGACGACGCUUGCGAAGUUUGGAGUGCAGAGCUCGGAGGGAGGAAGGGAGGGAGGAGGAGGAGGAGGGGUCGCGGGGGGAAUGUUGGUUCUGUGAUGAGCCUUGGGGAUAAGGGCAGGAGGGACGAGCGCCGGCAACCCGCUGGCGAGCACCUCUCCAGUUGUGUAGAAGCUCUUCUUUCACCGGAAGCCAGUCUGGAUCGGCAAUUGGAGGGAUGCGCGGCAGUCGAAUCCAUGACAUUGUAAUUUGAGCAAUGAGGAUGCUUCGUCUCGCGCCUCGGAUUUUCCUACUUUAGGAGAAUAUUCAGAAAUUGGGGCAUCAAAGGUUGUGGGCGCUCCUGGAUAGUCCUUGUGGAGAUUCGACAUGCUGUAAUUUGUCGCUGUGUCUUGCUCUGAGUGACAUACCUGUCCGAUUGAUACAUACGCACUAGGACAAUAUCACUAUGGGGAGGGAAUUUCAUGAUGUGGAGAUUCAGAGACCUCUUCUAGAGGAGGCCAACAAUGGAGAUUCUGUUGCUGCGGAAGCUGAGGCAACGAGUUCAAUCAAAGUAGCCACCGUCGAACCUCGCAGAUUAUUACCUGCGGAAAUUUACUCGAAUGGAGACAGCCCUUACAAGCAUAGCCCGGGAACAAGUAUCCUCUGUAAGGCUAUUGUAGCAAUUGUCAUCUACUUUGCCAUUGGAACCUUGUGCUUUUACUAUGCCGGGGACGAUCUCUUGGGUGUAAGAACACAGGCUUUCAUCGACGCCCUUUAUCUCUGUGUCGUGACUUUGACCACCGUGGGAUAUGGAGACCUUGUGCCCUCGUCCACAACGACAAAGCUCUUUACAUGUGUCUAUGUGUUUGUGGGAUUCGGCCUCGUGGGUGUAUUGCUGAGUGGCGCUGCCAAUUACCUCGUUGGGAAACAAGAGCAGAUUUUAGAGAAAGCUGUGUAUCGCAAAGAUCGCAACCAUCAUUGUGAGGACCACUUGCCUGAGGAUGACGACGUGAGAUCUGCUCAUUGGAAAGCAGUAAUUUCUGGGAUGAUGAUACUAGUCUUAAUGAUUAUGGGGGUCACGUUUCUUGUGCACUACGAGAAGUUCACUUUGGUGGAUGCAGUGUAUUGUGUCUCUGUUACCGUCACUACUCUUGGAUACGGAGAUCGAAGUUUCAAGACUGCAACUGGUCGUCUCUUCGCUGCAAUAUGGAUUCUUGCCAGUACCAUUUGCGCUGCUCAGUUUUUCCUUUACCUUUCCGAGGUUCACACGGAACAUCGGCAAAGGAGGUUAGCCCGUUGGGUGCUCUCACGUAAACCAACUAAGGUGGAUCUUCAAAAUGCGGACUUCGACAAAGACCAGUUUGUCAGUGCACCAGAAUUUGUGAUUUAUAAGUUGAAAGAGCUUGGGAAAAUCGAUGAGGACGAUGUGACCGGAAUCUUGCAGCAUUAUAAGCAAUACGUCCCGACCCCUACCGACUGUAUAAAUAUACAUGACUCGUACCUCGCCCAGCCAUCAUGAACCAUGCAUCGGCCAUCAAGCAGACUAUGCUUUUCAGUCAGUCAGAACUUUAUUAACCUAACGUCUCGCUAGGAAGGAAAGGGUGAGGGUGAUCCCGGUGAAAGUGCCUAGAGCAUAGGUCAAGUAAUUUUCAAACACAUUUUAUCUCUAUCUGUUAGGGAGUGGAGGUAAUAAGCAUCUUCUGAGAUCUUCAAUCCAGAUCUUACAGGCUGCCACAUGAUCUUCAAAUUAGUUGGUAGGCAGGAGACAAGUGAAGCCCACGUCUAUCAGCUCGUGGUCCUGAUGUCUUUUGCUUGACGAAUCGUUUGUAGCCUUGUGGCAAAAGUUACGAGAAAACCAGGAUCUUGUCCUAUGUACUAUGCGUGAAUGAGACGAGGCAACCAUUCCACCUGCCAUUUCCAGUGAGGCAUUGUUGCUUGAAUUGUUCUCGACCCCUUCCUACUAGGUGGCCUUGAGGGACAGGAUUUUUAGCCGUCAAAUAGAUGCGAAGGAUCUCGAGUUCUGGAAAUUCAAAUCUAGUGUGAGCUAGUCUCGAGUUUAUACUAUUCUUACCUCCUGUCAACCGGGUCUUUCGUAUUCCUCUAUCUCGCCGAAAGGAUGGAAAUGCGGAAACGUUUCUCGGCUCCGUCAGUGUACAUGAAUCGAGGUCGUCAAUAAUUUCAUGCUUGGAUAGAGUGAGCUGGGAGUAGCUGCUGUAGUUACAUUUGGAGAGAAGGUGUUUUCAUAGAUAGUUUGGCUUGAGAUUCAACUCUACACUGUCCUCAUGGUUAAAUUCGCCCUUUUGCGCGUUAGGUAGACAAGCAAAUUCCUGUAUGUGUUAGGCAAUGCACGCUCAUAUGGAGUUUUUGUAAAAUAUUUCAGCCUCUAGAUUCAGUACUUUUAAUUUUGGAGCUCACCUGGGUCUUGGAACCUAAUUAAGCUUUUUGGUGGAUUAUGGACUAUCUGAUUCCCUAGCCUGGGAUGAACUUGAAAAUUCUUCUCCACUGAACCC